AAACUCACAAUACCUACGGAAAUUACAUUAACAAAUGUAUUAUUAACCUGCCAGUAAGAGCUUUGGGAAUGGCCAGUGAAUUGGACACCAACCUGAUUGUAGGCCAGGCAUUGCCUGUCACUUUGCUGAAGGUACAGGAGGAUUACACUGUCUACGUCCAACCAGCCUCUGAGGUUGGAGAGUUGCAGAGCCUCGAGUUGCAGCCGGGUCAAGGUGUCAAGUGUGUACUGAGCAAUGUCAAAGAAACAGCAACUGACGAACAACGGCAAGCCUUCACUCAGCUACCUGCUGACACAUACGUCAUCAUGCUGGUCGACGCAGUACAGAGUGAAGGAUUGCAAGUGACACUGUUUGACGGCGAAGGGCAGCUACUUGACCUUCAAGAGAAUGAGGUGCAGUCAGUAGAGAAGGUCUGUCCCAUGCCCAUCCUCAACAUGCAUCAGAAGGUCUGGAUCGCACACGCCAGUGAAGACGGCGUCUUUUUGCACAAAAUCGCAUAUGCUGAUCUUCUAGCAGAUUUACUCCAGAAGCUUUAUGAAUUUUACAAUGACUCUGAACCUGUCGAACAAGAAUGGAAUAAUGGAAACCUCUGCUGUGCUAAAUCAGUUGCCGAUGAACAAUGGUACAGAGCUAAAAUAUUGGAAACUGGAGAAGAAACUAAGGUUCAAUAUGUUGACUAUGGAAACACUGAAGUUAUUCCUUCCUCCCAUCUGCGACAGCUCGACGCAUCUUUCUACACACCACAUGCUCUCGCUUUGCCCGUGUCUCUUGAUGUGACUUGGUCCGUCCCAGUGGAAACCCUGAUGGAACUAGCUGGAGAAACUAAAUACAACGCUGUCAUUCUGAGGAACAAAACCGGAUGGAUUGUUGAGUUGGUGGACAGUUCAGGACAGAGUUUGACUGAAAAAUUAGUAGAGUUGGGAUUAGCUGUGGCUCUAGAUAACUCACCAUUUAAAAGGGUCGUAGAAGAAGGCAGAUUCGCUGAGGGCUCUGAUAUUCCAAUAUCAGUCUCUUUUAUUGACUCCCCUUUGCAGCUAUGGAUUCAUGUCGGUGAUGAUAUUGAGCUCAUCGAAGCUCUACAAGACAGAUUGCAGGAUGCCGCUCCAAAACUUCUCCCUCUCAGAGAAGCCACUGGAAUGUUUGCUGCCAAAUUUUCAGAUGGACAAUGGUAUAGAGCUCUCAAGUUGGAUGAUACGUCAGCCAGAUUGGUUGAUUAUGGAAACUCUGAUGUAGUUGACAUGUCAGAUAUUAAAGCCCUGUCUCCAGACUUUUUAGAACCUGCUGAGGGUUAUGCUGUCAAAUUGGAACUGCCCAUUGAAGAGUUCAAGGAAGGUGCCAAUGAGAAACUUGAAGAAUUGCUGAUAUCGUCAGAAAUCAGUAGCGAAGAAGAAGUAAUUGCUCACAUUCUAUCGGUGAAAGAAAAUUCAAUUGUCGCAGACAUCAAAAAAGGUGGCAAAAGUAUUGUAGACAUCCUGGUGGAAGAGAAGCUUGCUACUAAAAAGGCAAAGGUUUUCUCAGGAUUUGUGAGUAAUAUAAACAGUUUAAAUGAUUUCUUUGUUCAAGAAGUUGGCUGUGAAGAAAGCCUGGAAAUGAUUGUUAAUGCUUUGACGGCAGCAGAAACUUUUGAGACAGUGUCAGAAGUGAAUGAAAAUGAUUUAGUAGCAGCUCUUUUUACUGAUGAUGGUUCGUGGUAUCGAGCAAAGGUGACUAAAAAGUCUGAAAAUGGAAUUGAAGUACUUUUUAUAGAUUACGGAAACUCUUCUAUUUCAACUGAAUUCCGAACCCUACCUCCUGAGCUAGCGGAGAAAAAAGCCUUAGCUAAACAUUGUGCCUUGAAACUGCCUGAAGGUUUAGAAGAGUGGAUAGAAUCGGCAAUUGAAAAAUUUAUGGAACUAUCUGCAGAAGGCUGUACUCAGUUUGAUUUAAAACUAAUAACUGAAGGGGAUCCAGCAAUUGUUGUCUUACACAGCAAUGACAAAUGUGUAAAUGAAGAGUUAAAACCUUUCUGUGAUUCAAAUGCUCCUGUGACCGCUAAGACUGAAAGUGCCUCUCCAGACCUGACUGGGUAUGACAAAGUUGUGUAUAUUAGUCAUAUUAAUGGUCCUAAUGAUUUCUACAUUCAAGUAGACAGUGCUGAAAGUAGUCCGGUCAAAAAUGAUGAAAACAACAAAAUCCUGGAAGAUCAGUUUGUUAGUGAGGUAGUAGAAGGAAGCAAACAUGAAGCUGAAAUUCAAGACAUGAUCAUGGAAAGUGUUGAUGCGAAAAUAGAAAACAUGCAACUACAAGAAGACAUGCAGCAGAUUGUGGAGGAUUCGCUUGAAAAUGCACUCAGUUCAAAUCUUGAUGAAUCCUCUGUAGUAACAGAACAAGAAGUAGACAGUGCUGAAAGUAGUCCGGUCAAAAAUGAUGAAAACAAAAUCCUGGAAGACCAUUCUGUUAGUGAGGUAGUUGAAGAAAGCGAACAUGUAACAACAUUAGAUACGAGUUCUUCAAAUGGUGUUGGUAACGUCCAAGAAUAUGAGGACAGAUCGAUGAAGAAUCCCGAAACUUCUGAUUCCGUGAAUGAGGCUGAAUCAAAAGAUGACAUAGGCCUACGGGUAAUAAUCGAGAAGAUAAAUCAUAUCUCCUCAAGAAUGGAUGAACUCGAAAAAAAAAUAGAUACAUUAAUGAAAAACAAUGACAAUGAUGAUGAGGAUGACAUUAGUAAAUACCUCCCAAUUCAAACAAUAAAUCAUUUUACAGAGUUUGAUAAUAAAUUGAACAGUCAAGAAAACAAAAAGUCUUUUAUCAAAAUGCUCGAAAAUAUCGGGGGGAAGGAAUUAAAACAAAGCAUCAAUGCAAUGAUGAGGAGGGCCACUGCAGACGAGGUUGCUAUGAAUAUGUCUUAUACAGGGAAAUCUGUGGGAAAAAAAGAAAAAUUGACUUUUUCUAAAUUUAAUGUCUGCAAAUGUGUUCACAUUGCAGCUAAAAAGCGAUUUAAAGAAGCGACAGAGCUGGAAAUAAAACAAAGCAUCAGUUUGUGGCUGCAAAUGGCCAGUUUUAGAGUUAGCAGAAGGAAAAAAGGAGUGCAGGAAAGUGACGAUGCGAAAAUAGAAAACAUGAAACUACAAGAAGACAUGCAGCAUGUAGAUAAUUUUGAAACAGAGAAAGAAGUAGCCAGUGCUGAAAGUCAAAUAAAAAAUAUUGACAACAACAACAUCCAAGGAGUAGACCAGUUUGUAAGUGAGGUGAUUAAAGAAAGCAAGCAUGUAACAUUAGAUACGAGUUCUUCAAAUGGCGUUAGUAACGUCCAAGAAGAUGAGGACAAAUCGAUGAAGAAUCCUGAAACUUCUGAUUCCGUGAAUGAGGCUGAAUCAAAAAGUAAACAUGACAGUGCCAAGACUGAUACUUCCGGGUCUCCAACGACUCCACGGCGUUACAAUGUUGAUGAUCAUAUUGUACCUGGAUGUAUUUCCAGUGCCAUACCUGAAGGCUCAUCUGAUAAGUAGUUUGUUGUAAAAGUGAUGAGAUUGAGACACCAUGAGUUCUGUAAGUUUAUGUUUUAUUAUUACCUCAUCUGGUGUCCAAAUUGUGAUACUGUUUCAAGAACUAUUUUUAUAUCUAAAUUUUUAGUCUUUGUUUCUGUUAAAAAUAUUACCAUGGUAAUUAACUUAGUUGUAAGAUUUGAUAUGGGUAAAUUAAAAGAAUCCAACCGGUGCUGUUUGACAAGAUGUAAAAUUCAGAUUACCGCUGGAUUUCCCUAAUAUCCAGGAUACCAAUUCCCAUUGAAAUGGGAGAUUAAAUUAUCCCAAUUUUCAUAACAUCUUGUAUUAUAAAUCUGUAAAUAUGUUAAAUUUAUUUGUUUUUUAUUACAUGUUUAAUUUUUAUGUUAAUACAAAGUCUUAGAAUUAAUCUAGCAAUACAUUUUUGUUCACUUUUAGAUAUCCUUAAGUAAUGGAUGAUGGUAUUGUACUUUUAGUUGCAGUUUUUUGUUAGAAUCAAAUUUUGUUGAGAACAUUAUGUUUGAACUUUUUCACAACCCUGUGAUAAAUAUAUUUGAAAGUUCCUGUAAUUUUUUCCAGACAUUAAUAUACUCUUUACCACAUAGUUAUUAACACAGGAUGUUUUCAUCAUGCUGCUACUUCUAAGUUAAUUCAUCCACAAUGUUUUCUUACUUGUAUUUUGCUGCAAAGUUCCAUA